ACGAACAAUAAUUGACAUGUAAAUUUAUGUGUUGCCAAAGUAAAGACGUCUUUAACUCUGUUUUUUAUAGUCUGAAUACUCUGUUUCUAUAUCACCAAAAACAGAACAUAAAACAGAGGAAAAUAAAAACAAUGUCGGUUCUUCUCUAUUUCUUCUUGUUUCCGCUUCUCUCCGCUCUUUUAUCGUUAAUAUUCAUGAAGAGAAUCAAAUACUCGAGACGCAAUCUUCCUCCGAGCCCACCGAAGCUACCGAUUAUCGGAAACCUACACCAGCUUCGAGGAUUGUUUCAUAGAUGUCUUCACGAUCUCUCCAAGAAACACGGCCCGGUGUUACUUCUCCGUCUAGGUUUUGUUGAUAUGGUUGUGAUCUCAUCGAAAGAAGCAGCUGAAGAAAUUCUUAAAGUACAUGAUCUUGAGUGUUGUACCAGACCUAAGACCAACGCCUCAUCAAAAUUCUCGCGUGACGGUAAAGACAUCGCCUUUGCGCCAUACGGGGAAGUUUUUAGGGAAUUGCGUAAGCUUUCCUUUCUCAAGUUUUUCAGUACGCAAAAGGUCCGAUCUUUUAGGUACAUCAGAGAGGAAGAGAAUGAUUUGAUAGUCAAGAAACUAAAGGAAUCAGCUCAGACGAAGAAUACAGUGGAUUUGAGCCAAACACUUUUCUAUCUAGUGGGGAGUAUCAUAUUCAGGGCUACCUUUGGGCAACGGUUAGACGAGAACAAGCAUGUCAAUAAAGAAAAGAUUGAAGAACUCAUGUUUGAGGUCCAGAAAGUUGGAUCUCUAAGCAGCUCUGAUCUUUUCCCUGCUGGUGUGGGAUGGUUUAUGGACUUUGUGUCAGGACGACAUAAGACACUUCACAAAGUUUUCGUCGAGGUUGAUACUUUGCUAAAUCAUGUAAUUGAUGGUCACUUGAAGAAUCCUGAAGAAAAAACAAAUCAAGAUCGCCCCGAUAUCAUCGACUCGAUCUUAGAUACUAUGUAUAAACAAGAACAAGAUGGAUCUUUCAAACUCACCAUUGAUCAUCUCAAAGGAAUUAUCCAAAAUAUAUAUCUUGCUGGCGUAGACACAAGUGCCAUCACUAUGAUUUGGGCAAUGGCGGAACUUGUUAGAAACCCGCGGGUGAUGAAGAAAACUCAAGACGAGAUCCGAACAUGCAUUGGAAUCAAACAGAAGGAGAGAAUCGAGGAAGAAGAUGUCGAUAAGCUUCAGUACUUAAAGCUUGUGAUCAAAGAAACCUUAAGACUACACCCACCAGCUCCUCUUUUACUUCCAAGAGAGACAAUGGCUGAUAUCAAGAUUCAAGGCUACGACAUUCCUAGGAAAACCAUUCUUUUAGUUAAUACAUGGUCGAUAGGACGAAACCCUGAACUCUGGAAAAACCCCGAAGAGUUUAACCCGGAGAGAUUUAUCGAUUGUCCUGUGGAUUACAAAGGAAAUAACUUUGAGAUGUUACCAUUUGGUUCUGGUCGGAAGAUAUGUCCAGGGAUAGCUUUUGGGAUAGCGACCGUUGAAUUGGGACUAUUGAACCUUCUUUACUUCUUUGAUUGGAGAUUGCCUGAGGAGGAUAAAGAUAUUGACAUGGAAGAGGCUGGUGAUGCCACCAUUGUUAAGAAAGUUCCUCUUGAGCUUGUCCCAAUUAUUCAUCAUUGAAUGAUGUCCCAACUUUACGAAUAAAAUAAAAAUGAAGUUACAUAUUUGCUUGUCGAAGGAGAAAAUUGACAUGUAGCAUACAUUUUUAUCACAAGACCAGAGAGCAUAUGUAAUGCCUGAUUGCCUGGAAUGCUUGUGAACGUUAGUCUAUAGUCAAAAAGAAAACUGUAGUCUAUAACCCAAAUUGUUACUGAAAUAAUCUUAGUGAGAGGUUUAUAUU